CACCAUUCACCUUUCCCUUUGGAGAAAAAGAAAGAGAGAAAGCUCAGAACAAUGGAAAGCAACACAGGAAAUGGAAAACUUGUGUGCGUCACUGGUGCUUCUGGCUUUUUGGCUUCAUGGCUCGUCAAGUUCCUUCUUCUUCGUGGUUAUAGCGUCAAGGGAACUGUUCGUGACCCAAAUGAUUCCAAAAAGGUUUCUCACUUGCUUGAACUAGAAGGAGCAAAGGAGAGAUUGCAUCUGAUGAAAGCAAAUCUGUUGGAAGAAGGUUCCUUUGACUCUGCUGUCGAAGGCUGUGAGGGUGUCUUUCAUACUGCUUCUCCUGUUAAUUUUGCUGUCGACAUCGACCCUCAGACUGAACUCAUUGAGCCAGCAGUUAAGGGGACUCUCAAUGUUCUUAAAUCAUGUGUGAAAUCACCGUCUGUGAAACGAGUUGUUUUAACUUCUUCCAUGGCUACAGUUUUAUAUAAUGGAAAGCCUAGGGCUCCUGAAGUUGUAGUUGAUGAAACCUGGUUUUCAAAUCCAGAAUUUUGUAAUGAGCAAUGGUCUGGUUAUUUAGUUUCCAAGGUUUUGGCGGAAGAAGCUGCUUGGAAAUUUGUAAAAGAAAACAACAUUGACAUGGUUACUAUCAAUGCAGCAGUAGUGAUCGGGCCUCUCUUACAACCAACACUUAAUACAAGUUCAACUACUAUUGUGGCUCUGUUAAAUGGGGCAAAAACAUUUCCAAAUCGUUCUUUAUUAUGGGUUCAUGUAAAAGAUACUGUGAAUGCUCAUAUUCAAGCACUUGAGAUUCCUUCGGCUAAUGGAAGAUAUUGUUUGGUUGAGUCAGUGAAACAUUACUCUGAAAUUGUGAAGAUUUUGCGUGAUAUGUACCCAACAUUACAACUUCCAGAUAGAUGUGAAGACGACAAACCCUUCAUGUCAAUCUACCAAGUUUCCAAGGAAAAGGCAAAGACAUUGGGAAUUGAAUUUAUUCCAUUUGAAGUGGGACUUAGAGAGAUAGUGGAAAGCCUCAAAGAAAAGAAAUUUGUCAGCUUUUAAAUUCUAUUGUAAUAUAUUUCAAGUCCAAAUAUCUUUCAAACAUUUAGGUUGUAUUUGGUAUGAAGUAUUGAGAAUAAGAGUUAAGGAUUGAGAUUGUGAAUGAGAGUUAAGAAAUGAGAUUGGGAUGGAAAAAACUCAUUGAAAGAAUAUUUAAUAUGAAGCAGUGUUUGUUAAUCAGGAUUAGGUAGAAUUUAUGUAGGUGAGAUUGUAAAAUACCAUAUAGAGAUGUAGUAUUAA